UUAACUUCCGAUAAUACUGUGCCCUUGCUCAUCAUGCUGUGGACGGGACUGUGUUCUUGGAUGUGCUUUCUCGCACCAGAAUAGCUAAAUUACAUGGUUUCCGAACCAAGCGCACACGACCAGGGAAAUGCCAGAAAUUACACAGAUUUCGCUGUAAUCUUCGAACGGAUGCUCGGAUCAGCAUCGCUGUUUGUAGUGAGCAGGGUUAGCGAUCAGCCCUCGUCCACACCACCACGUCCCCACCAAGCCAACAAGCCAGCAAGCCAACAAGCCAACAAGCAUCAAGACGGUGGAACGGAAACGUCCCAGUAUUGGGACGUAAACGUAACAGGAACGGGAGGAUCCGCCAACUCCUCGCUACGAGCAAGUUAUGUUCCCCCACGCAUUGCUUAUCAGAUCGAAAGUGAGGGCUUCGGAAUACGGACUUUUCCGCAAGGAUCUGAUAACAAAUGUCGCCAUUGGAACUGUCCACCGGGAAGGCCGUUGUUCCCCGCCAGUUGUGUUGUUGGUGUCGGGCCCAUGAUACCGGCAAUCCAGAUGAGAUGAAAUUUUAUCAGAUGCCCCACUUCGCUCUGCUUGGUUGCACCGGCGGCGCGUUCCUUCACAAGGAAAGUAAUAAGGAUUUUCGGAAAGACGAGAAAGAGAACCACGCUAAU